GCAUUGAAGGAAAUAUUCAAGAAAACUUGGUCCUGGAUAGGGUGAAAAAUCUGCGUAAAUGGCUGCAUCAAUGAGGGAAAAUGAGCUAGUGAGGUCAAUGAGCAAAAAGGCAAGUUUUGGAUCAGCAAGUAGAAAAGGAUCAUGGGCUUCAGCAAGUAUUCGCGACGCGUUUGGUGCACCAGGAGUGGAUGUUUUCGCGAAAAGUGGGAGGCAAGAUGAUGAAGAUGAACUUAAAUGGGCUGCAAUUGAAAGGCUUCCAACUUAUGAUAGAAUGAGGAAAGGAAUUUUAAAGCAAGUAUUGGAUAAUGGAAAAGUUGUUCAUGAACAAGUUGAUGUAGCACAUAUGGGAAUGCAAGAAAAGAAGCAACUUAUGGAGAGUAUAUUAAAUGGUAUUGAUGAAGACAAUGAGAGAUUCCUUCUCAGGCUUAAAGAUCGUAUCGAAAGGGUUGGGAUAGACAUUCCAAGAAUUGAAAUCAGGUUUGAGCAUUUGUCAAUUGAAGGAGAUGCAUAUGUUGGCAGUAGAGCACUUCCAACACUAUGGAAUUCAACCAUCAAUUCAUUAGAGGGAAUUCUUGGUCUUUUGAGGCUUUCGCCGUCUAAGAAGAAAUCUAUCAAAAUACUGGAUGACAUUUCUGGAAUUGUAAAAUCAUCAAGGAUGACACUGCUUCUUGGACCUCCAGCCUCUGGCAAAACUACAUUGUUGAAGGCACUUGCAGGAAAACUGGAGCAAGAUCUUAGGGUAAAGGGAAAGAUCAGUCACUGCGGUCACGAACUCAAAGAGUUCAUACCUCAGAGAACUUGUGCUUAUAUCUGCCAACAUGAUCUUCAUCAUGGUGAGAUGACAGUAAGAGAGACAUUAGACUUCUCGGGUCGCUGCUUGGGAGUUGGUGCCAGAUAUGAACUGCUAGCAGAGCUCUCGAGACGAGAAAAAGAUUCAGGAAUCAAACCGGAUCCUGAGAUAGAUGCAUUCAUGAAAGCCAUAUCAGUAGCUGGACAAAAGACCAAUUUGGUCACUGACUCUAUUCUCAAGAUACUUGGAUUGGAUAUUUGUUCUGAUACAAUGGUGGGUGAUGAAAUGAGAAGAGGUAUUUCUGGUGGGCAAAAGAAGCGUGUAACGACAGGAGAAAUGUUGGUUGGGCCUGCGAAAGUUUUCUUGAUGGAUGAAAUCUCGACUGGUCUUGACAGUUCAACAACAUUUCAAAUUGUCAAAUAUAUGAGACAGAUGGUUCAUAUUAUGAAUGUGACAAUGAUAAUAUCUCUACUUCAGCCAGCCCCGGAAACCUUUAAUCUAUUUGAUGACAUUAUCUUGCUUUCAGAAGGGAAAAUUGUCUACCAAGGUCCACGUGAAGAGGUUCUUGAGUUCUUCGAAAGUGUUGGAUUUAAAUGUCCUGAAAGGAAAGGAGUUGCGGAUUUUCUUCAAGAGGUUACUUCCAAGAAAGAUCAAGAACAAUACUGGUCCAAAAAGAAUGUUCCUUAUCAAUAUGUAUCAGUACCUGACUUUGUUGAGCACUUCCAAUCUUUCCAUAUCGGCCUAAAGCUUUUCGGUGAAGUUCAAGUUCCUUAUGACAGAAGUAGAACCCACCCUGCAGCAUUGGUGAAAGAAAAAUAUGGUAUCUCUAACAAAGAACUUUUCAAGGCAUGCUUGUCAAGGGAGUGGUUGCUGAUGAAACGAAACUCCUUCGUCUACAUUUUCAAGACUGUUCAGAUCACAAUCAUGGCUAUCUUUACAUUCACUGUAUUCUUUAGAACGAAAAUGAAGCACGGUGAAGCAGAAGAUGGAGGAAAAUUUUAUGGUGCUCUGUUUUUCAGCCUUCUCAACGUGAUGUUCAAUGGCAUGGCUGAGCUUGCAAUGACUAUCUUCAGGCUACCUGUCUUUUUUAAACAGAGAGAUGCUUUGGUUUACCCAGCUUGGGCUUUUGCUCUUCCAAUUUGGCUCCUUAGGAUCCCCGUCUCGCUGAUGGAAUCAGGAAUAUGGAUCCUUCUCACAUACUACACUGUUGGAUUUGCACCUGCAGCUGAUAGGUUUUUCCGGCAGUACUUGGCCUAUGUUGGUAUUCACCAGAUGGCGUUGGGACUCUUCCGUUUCAUUGCAGCGCUUGGAAGAACACAAGUUGUGGCCAACACCCUUGGUACCUUCACAUUGUUGUCAGUUUUUGUCCUUGGUGGAUUUAUCAUUGCCAAAGAUGACCUCCAACCUUGGAUGAAAUGGGCCUAUUACCUUUCCCCUAUGUCAUAUGGACAGAACGCUAUAGUUCUUGUUGAAUUUCUUGACAAAAGAUGGAACAAGCCCAAUGAGGAUCCAAGCUUUCCAGGAAAAACAGUUGGAAUAGAGCUUCUUAAAGCCAGAGGGAUGUUUACAGAUGACAUUUGGUACUGGAUUUGUGUCAUUGCACUUUUCGCGUUCUCAUUGUUUUUCAACCUUUGCUUCGUUGCAGCACUCACGUACUUAAAACCUCUUGGAGAUACUAAAUCUAUUAUGGUGAAUGAAGAACACAGUCAAUACAAGGAAAAGAAGAUGAAAGUAAUACCAGAUGAAGGAAAGAACACUUCAGAAGAUGUAAAAUCAAAUGGUGCAGAUAGUGCAACCAACAAAAAAGGCAUGGUUCUGCCAUUCCAGCCUUUGUCCCUUUCAUUUGAACAUGUGAAUUACUAUGUCGAUAUGCCUGCUGAAAUGAAAAGUCAAGGAAUUGAAGAAAUGCGACUCCAGCUUCUACGAGAUGUGAGUGGUGCCUUUAGACCAGGUGUGCUAACAGCAUUAAUGGGUGUGAGUGGUGCUGGAAAGACUACUUUGAUGGAUGUUUUAGCUGGAAGGAAAACUGGUGGAUACAUUGAAGGGAAUAUCUGUGUUUCUGGUUAUCCAAAGAUCCAAGAAACCUUCGCUCGAGUUAGUGGCUACUGUGAACAAAAUGACAUUCAUUCUCCACAUGUCACUGUUUAUGAAUCUCUUCUAUAUUCUGCCUGGUUGCGUCUUCCUUCAGAUGUCAACAACGAAACUCGAAUGAUGUUUGUGGAGGAAGUGAUGGAGUUGGUUGAGCUUACAUUAUUGAGAAACUCUCUAGUUGGACUUCCAGGAGUUGAUGGUUUAUCGACUGAACAAAGAAAGCGGCUUACUAUAGCCGUGGAGUUGGUUGCUAAUCCUUCGNGCACUGAAAGUGGAUCAACUCUUAAACGAGCUAUUCUUUCUAUCAGCGAAAAACAACAGGACCUUUCAAAUCUAAUGGGAGCAAUGUAUGCUGCUGUUCUGUUUCUUGGAGGAACAAACACUUCUGCUGUUCAAUCUGUUGUGGCUAUUGAGAGAACAGUCUUCUAUCGCGAAAGAGCAGCAGGGAUGUUUUCAGCCUUACCAUAUGCUUUUGCUCAGGUGACUGUGGAAACAAUCUAUGUCGGAAUCCAAACUUUCCUUUACAGCCUAAUUCUUUACUCAAUGAUUGGAUUUGAGUGGCAAGCUGACAAGUUCUUCUGGUUCUAUUACUACGUGUUCAUGUGCUUCGUCUACUUCACACUCUACGGAAUGAUGCUUGUAGCUCUCACUCCAAAUUAUCAGAUAGCAGCAAUUGUCAUGUCUUUCUUCCUUAGCUUCUGGAACCUCUUCUCUGGUUUCCUCAUUCCUAGGAUGCAAAUUCCAAUAUGGUGGAGGUGGUACUACUGGGGUUCACCAGUUGCAUGGACAAUAUAUGGUCUCAUUACAUCUCAAUUGGGAGACAAAACAGAACCUGUUCAUGUUCCUAGUCAUGAUAAUGCCCCUAGUUAUCUUCCAUUGAAGGAUUACCUCAAGGAAUAUCUUGGUUAUGAUUUUGACUUUCUUGGUGCAGUUGCUGCAGCACAUCUUGGUUGGGUGCUUCUAUUCUUCACUGUCUUUGUAUAUGCCAUCAGAGUUCUCAACUUCCAAAAGAGAUAA